GAGAAAGAAAAAAGGGUGUCAAUUGCCAAACCCCACACUGUAUGCAGUGAUCAUCAUGCAUUCACUAACUUUAUAAAGGAGUCUUAACACUUCUUUCUUGCUUCCACUUUCCAGCCACUUCAGAACCCCAAAUAGAGACCCCUCACCAAUGUCAUGUCUUUUAAUUUCUCUCAUCCAUUUCUUCCAUACAUUCUUGAGAAUUGAGAACACUAGAAACCAUUUACAAUAGAACAUGAAAGGAAUGAAGGGAAAGUUCCUUAAGAAACUAAAAACCAUACAAGCAAUAGGUACUAUUAGACAAGGCCUAGUCUUUCAUCAAUUAAAUCCCACAACAGAAAAGUUUUCUACUACUUGGAAGUGUACUGCUCAAACCACACUAACUCAAGGAGAAGAAGAUAUCCACAAGGAAAGUCUCUCAGAGCUACUAAGUAUUGGGUUAUCCCCUAAACUUUUCAAAGAUCUUAGCCAUGAAAGUUUGGAAGCUCAUGAGUUCGAUGUUGGUGACAAUCAGGAGGAGACUCUUUCGUCCACCAUGAAGUUAAACGACACAAUGGAGGAGAAAAACUUGUCAGAUGAUCAAUUAGUAGGUAACAAUAAUAUUGUUAAUAAGGUUGAUUAUGAUGAUCAUGAUGAUGGAAUAAAAUCAUCAUUGCUAGAUUUUGAAGAGAAAUGUCCACCAGAUGGGAAUGACAAGGUUAUUCUAUACACAACAAGCUUAAGAGGAGUAAGAAAGACGUUUGAGGAUUGUAGUGCUAUAAAAUUCUUGUUGGAGAGUUUAAAGGUGUCUUUUUGCGAAAGGGAUGUGUCGUUCCACCAGGAAUUUCGGGAAGAGCUAUGGAGUGUACUAGGAAGUAGAGUUGUCCCUCCAAGGCUUUUCAUAAAGGGAAGGUAUAUUGGAGGAGCUGAAGAAGUAGUUGGAGUACUUCAUGAGCAAGGCAAGCUAAGGAAACUCUUGGAAGGUAUCCCACUUGUCCAAGCCAAUUCCCCGUGCCCUGGUUGUGCCAACGUGCGAUUUUCUGUGUGCUUUAACUGCAAUGGGAGCCGGAAGGUCUUGCCAAAUGGUGAUCAAACUGAUCAUGAAGAGUUGUACUACAUUAGAUGUCCAGAGUGUAAUGAAAAUGGAUUGGUUAAAUGCCCAAUUUGCUUCUAGUGUUCUUGGAUGAUCAUGUACUUGUUAAAAUCUACAACAUUAUGUUGUUUUAAUGUGAAGUAAGGAUUGUGUUAAAGAGUAGAGAAGCUUUCAUGUUUAUUAUUUAUUUACUAUGUGACAAUAUAUAAUGUCUAGCUCAUCAUAUAGGUAUCAAUGCUUGAGAUACUAGAGAGUUUCAAUAAUGUUUCUUGAACUUUCUUUUCU